AUGAUUAGAAUAAAACUACCAACUCACCAACACCCUCUAUACCCAUCGCCUUGGGUUAGCAGCUGCAACGCUUGCCGCCGGGGAGGUGGUUACACCAAAGACGGUUAUCGUUGCUAUGAGUGCAGAAUCUUUUUUCACAAAGAAUGUGCAGAGUCAUCUUCAGAGAUCCACCACACGUUUCAUCCUCAACACCCUCUCCACCUCUCAAUCUUGGACAACAGUUCCGAGUCCGAGCGUAAACACUGUACGUUGUGUGGAGAAACAUUGUAUCGUAUGUUUUAUCAUUGCUCUAUAUGUGCAUUCGUUGUCGAUACGGCUUGUGCCAAAAACCCACCACCAGAUAGUAUUGAAUAUCCCAAAGCCCAUGAACACUCUCUUUUCCUCCUGAAAAACUAUUAUCAUGGCACAUGUGAUAUCUGUGAAGAGAUAUAUUGUAGUAGGUACCUUUUCAAAUGUUCUCAAUGCGAACUGAGAUUCCACUUUGAAUGUUCUAAGCUUCCUCUAGAGAUAACUCAUCCUUGUCACCCUAAGCACCCUGUUAGGUUCCUUACACGCGAAGAACAUCAUUUCUCCGAUGGGAAAUGUCGUAUAUGCGGCAAAGAGUUAGGGCGGAGAUUUUACCAUUGUUCAACCUGUAGAUUCAGUGUGGACGUUGCUUGUGUGAGGGAUCCACCACCGCUCAAGAUCUUAUUUCCUAAGGCUCAUGAACAUCAGCUCAGCCUUAUCCCAAGGAUCAUCUCUUUUAACUGUGAUGCUUGUGGAAUGAAGGGUGAUCGGAGUCCUUACUCAUGCCAACAAUGCGAUUUCAUGGUCCAUCAAAGCUGUAUCGACUUACCGGAGAUAAUCAACGUGAAUCGUCACGAGCAUCGUCUUUCUAGGCGUCUUCAUCUAAGUCCUGCAGGGAUUUGGGUUUGCGGAGUUUGUCAUCAAAAAGUUGACUGGUCCUAUGGAGCGUAUUCUUGCUCGACUUGCCCUAACUAUGCCGUUCAUUCCGGAUGCGCAGUACGAGAUGAUGUCUGGGACAAGUUAGAGCUCAAGGGGAUAUCCGAAGAAACACAAGAUAUCGAACCGUUCAAGUCCAUACAUGGAAACUUCAUAGUUCACUUUAGUCAUGAGGAACAUUAUUUAAGUCUCAACGAGGGAAGUAUCAUAUGCAGUGGAAGCAAUAUGCGUUGUGCAGCAUGUGUCUCCCCUAUUUAUUCUCAGGCAUUUUACAGCUGUGUGCAAUGCAAUUUCAUUCUCCAUGAAACAUGCGCUAAUCUUCCGAGGAAGAAGCGUCAUAUGUAUCAUGACAAACCGUUAACUCUAAUAUGUGACGACAUGACGCGAUUCUGUUGUUGGGCGUGUUCUAACUAUUCAAGUGGUUUUAGGUAUACUAUCAAAGACUUCGAUAUAGAUGUAAAAUGUGGUGCACUUUCUGAAGUUAUCUUCCAUGAAAGUCAUCGGUGCCCAUUGUACUACAUCUACGGGGACGACGAAAAGACAUGUGUUGGUUGCGGCAAAAGGAGUUAUAGAACAUUUAGUUGCGAUGACUGUAACUUUGUGCUAGAUUUCAAAUGUGUUGUUCUGCCCAAAACAACAAAGCAGUGGUACGACGAACAUCUACUCUCUUUAUGCUAUGAAAAUCACACGAGUACUGGCAUAUAUUGGUGCGAUAUAUGCGAGCAAAAUAUAGAAAAAUAUUGGUUCUACAAAUGUGACAGUUGUUGUAUUGCUUUUCAUACUAAGUGUGUUCUCGGCGAUUUCUCACUUCUCAUGCCCGGACGGAUAAUCAGAUAUGAUAAUUUGAGAUUUGAAGUGAUGCAAACCAGUCCUGGUUUCUUACCACGUUGUUACAUUUGUCGCUCUCGGCAUGCAGUUCCCUUUGUUCUAAAAGUUUUUUAUCCCAAAAAAUAUAUAUUCAUUUGUUCUUCAUGGUGUUUAUUUUGCACCGGACAUUUCUGUAAAGACCUGUAUUAA